AUGCCCUUCGAAGGAUUCGAAGGGAAACCCCUUUGCUACAAAUGUGGCAAAAUUGGGUACGCUUCGGAGUGCCUGAACCAUCUGUAUCAGGCAAAGAUAUUUGCCCUGGGCAUCAAUAAUGGAGCACCCGAGCCCAUUCCCGUGUUUGACAACCAGGAUGAAGUUGGAGAACCAUCUGGGGAAACCCCAGAUGGCCCAAUUGGUGAGAAUGGCGAAGCUGAAGACCGCUUCAUCAAUGAUCCAUAUGACCCCACAUACCAACAUAAUGUGUUGGAAAGCAAGCCCGAAGACGAAGUUGUCUUCAGGAACAUGGGUCUGCCUCCUAGCAUUCCCAAGGCUGCAAAGGCCUUGGAACAGCCUCACAAAUCGCAAAAAUUUGCGGGACAUCCAAUGUCUCAGUUGACUCCAGCAAAAUUGCACCCUGGCAGGGAUGCGACUGAUAACGCGCCACACUAUGGCACGAACCACUUAGAUGAGAUUUCAAGUAUGAGUGUCCCUGAAAAGGACACUGUUGAUGAUCGCAAGCUGAAAAGCCGUGAUCUGAAAUCUCCCUGA